GGCUCGCCGUAAUUUCAGGACCUAUUUGUUUUCCACUGGAACUCUCUCUCUCUCUUCUAUCUCUCCGUCCUAAUCCUCUAUUUCCUCCACUCUCUCUCCUUCCACACACACACGCGUAUCUGUAUCUAUACAGAUUAUACACAUAUAUACUAAUAUUUUCCAGGAAUAGAGGUUUCGAGCUUCAUUGAAAGCAAAGACAACUUUCAGGUUUCUUCUCCAUGUUUUUUCUCUGCACAGUGAAGCAUUAGUGUAAGUUCACUCACAAACACUCUAUUUGUUUUACUUUCUCGAGAAAAAAUCCCAGUCCUUUACUUUGUCAUUAAAUUUUCCGGGAAUGUGUUUGUCGGCGGGUUUUCCGGGAAACUGGGUAGUUAGUUAUUUAGAUUAGUUUUUGGUGGGUCUUUUUUUAUGUCUCCGAUGCCAGAGAAAGCUGCAAACUCUGUGCCACCAUAUUCAUGCAUUUUCCGAUUGAAUCCGAUGAUUCAUUGGUCGUUUAAGGUCCUAACUUUGUCAGUUUUUCUCGGAAUUUUGAUCGUUUGGGGGAUUGAUGGAUGGAGUGUUAGUAGUUUUCAUAAUGAUUUUCUUGUUUUCAAACUCAGUAACCAAACUCGAAUCAAUGAGAAUUUGAUUCCUUAUAUUGCCUCUGUUCAUCCCAAUUUAACCUUCCAUGGAAACACUCACCAAAAUCUGUCACAAACCCAGAAAAAUUUGACCUCAUAUGUGACCAUUAUCCCUCCCAAUCUCACACACGUCAAUUUUACCCAUUUUGGCUCCCAAAAUUUUGUAAAUCUGACAAACCCUCCAUCUUCAUCUCCAUCUUCCUUGGAUUGGAUUUCAACUGAACUAGACCCAAACUAUACGUCAAAUCUUCUAUCUGGAUGGUUAGCUCCAGGUGGUGAGCCAUGUAGAGAUUCAAAAACAGUGGAGAUUUCAAUCCCAAGUUUGGAUAGUCAUGGUGUGAUUGAAUUACCAACAGGCCAAAUCCAUGAGUUUGUGUUCCAAGCUUUGGAUGAGUCAGGGAAGCCUCACUGCUUAGGUGGUGAUUACUUCGAAACCGACCUCUCUGGCGAUCGAUGGAAGUCUCGGCCACCGAUCAAAGAUUUGGGCAAUGGAACCUACUCUUUUUCUCUCCAAAUCCACCCAGAUUUCGCUGGAGAUUACAAUCUCACUAUAAUCUUACUCUUCAGACACUACGAGGGUCUGAAAUUUUCUCCACAAAGAUUCGCAAUUGACAAACAAGUUCGCAAAAUCCCACUCAAGUUUUUCAAAUCAAUGGCUGAAUUGCAAGAAAUUGGGCUCUGUAACAAAUCUGAUUUUGCGAGAAACGUGUGGUCUGGUCGGUGGACUCGCCAUGGGAAGAACGAUAGUUGCUGGGUUGACAGCGAAGGUCGAUUCAAAUGCUUCGAACCCACAUACCCAUGUCAGGGUCCAUGGUGUCAUGGAAAUUUGGGAGUUUUGGAGAGCAAUGGUUGGACCUAUUCGACCCAUUGUUCGUUUCGAUUGUUUUCACGGGAAUCAGCCUGGGAUUGUUUACAAGGUCGGUGGAUCUUCUUCUGGGGAGACUCGAAUCACUGCGAUACGAUUCGAAACAUGCUUCAAUUCAUACUCAAUGUGGAGGACAUCAAAGUGGUUCCGAGGAGAUUUGACAUGAACAUUACGAACCCGAAACAAUCGUCACAAGUUGUUCGGAUUACGAGCAUUUUCAAUGGCCACGAAAACGCAUCUGGGAAUUACCAGGGCUUGAAUUCGCUCAAAGACGAUGGGUACAGAGAGCUUUUGAAGCACUACUUUUCUGGGGAAAAAGUUCCUGAUUCUGUGAUUAUGAAUUCUGGGUUACACGACGGCGUGUUUUGGGGGAAUAUUAGGAGGUUCGCCGAUGGGGCGGGGCGCGCGGCGGCGUUCUGGGAGGAGGUGAUGGGGUCGGUGCGGCGGAGAGGGGUGGCGGUACCAGAAGUUAUUUACCGGAGCACGGUGGCGACGGGUGGUUAUGCGCGGAGCCUGGCGUUUAAUCCGAGCAAAAUGGAGGCUUUCAAUGGGGUAUUUCUGGAGAAGUUGCGGCGGCGUGGGGUGGCGGAGAUGGUGGUGGACCACUUCGACAUGACUUUUCCGUGGCACUUCGACAACCGCUGCAACGACGGCGUUCACUACGGCCGAGCUCCGGCGAACGCGCGGUGGCGCGACGGUGAGUUUGGGCACCAGUACUUUGUGGACCUAAUGUUGGGCCACGUGUUGCUCAACGCCCUAUGCGCAAGAUAGCAUUGUGGAGGUGUUUUUAAUGAUAACGUGCGCCGUCGGUGGAUCAAUUUUGAAUGGGCCUUUGGGCUUAAAAGCUUGGAUGUCACAAAUAUGGAGUUUUGUGUACAAGUGUGUUUGGAUCUAGCUUUGGGACAUGGCAUGUGGAAUGAUGAGAUUUUGACAACGCAAAAAUGGGUGAUGAAUGGCGAUGCUCUCUGGACGUAUAAUAAUUAUGUGAAAUGUAUGUGGACAAAAGGCCCAUUUAUAUGAGAUGUUAUUGUAUGUUGGAGUCACACAGCUGUGCAGAAAGCAUACAAUAGUUUUUCAUAUAUAUAUAUAUAUAUAUAUUGAUUUAUGUAUUAUAAUUCAUGUACAAUUUCUUGGCUCCAUAGGGGGGCCAUAGUUUAGUUUGCCACGUAUGAGUUUUUACUAUUAGAUAUGGAAGAUUAUUUAUUAAUUUGUUGUGAUGGAAGUUCUCAAAGGACAUACAUGCCUUGUCUUGUCUUGGCUUGUUGUGGUUAAUGGUUUUAUAAUAUUGUUCUUAUUACUUAAUUAAA